AUGGAUAUCUACGCCUCCGCUCUAUCACCAGCGCUGGACAUCGGCACAGGCUGUUACCUGUUGGUUUUAACCAUGCUCUCCAUAGUCGGAAACCUGCUGGUCCUCAUCAUGGCAUUCAAAAGGUCAUCAAGGAUGAAGCCACCAGAGCUGCUGAGUGUCAAUCUGGCAGUAACCGACCUGGGAGCAGCUGUCACCAUGUACCCCCUGGCUGUUGCCUCUGCCUGGAGCCACCACUGGCUUGGGGGAGAUGUUUCCUGCAUUUACUACGGCCUGGCAGGCUUUUUCUUUGGUAGCGCCAGCGUCAUGAACCUCACUGUCCUGGCUGUUGUACGUUUAAUUGUGUCCCUCAAUCUGAACUCUCCCAAGGAGAAAAUCAGUUGGAAGAAAGUGAAGAUAUUGUGCGUUUGGACCUGGCUGUAUGCUCUGAUAUGGGCUCUGUUCCCCAUUCUGGGCUGGGGCAGAUAUGGACCGGAGCCCUUCGGUCUGUCGUGUUCACUUGCCUGGGGACAGAUGAAACAUGAGGGCUUCUUUUUUGUCAUCUUUUUAUUCUCCUUCAACCUGGUCUUACCUGGUGUCAUCAUCAUCUGCUGCUACUUUGGCAUCACCAUGAAGCUCUAUUUAACCUACAAGAAGUCAGAAAACAGCAACCAUAUCCCCAAUAUUGUCAAGCUCCAUCGAAGGCUGUUAAUAAUUGCGGUUUUAAUCAGCGCAGGAUUCAUCGGCUGCUGGACUCCCUAUGGUUUGGUGAGCCUGUGGUCUAUUUUCCACGACAGCAGCAAAAUCCCACCUGAGAUAAGUCUGCUUCCAUGCAUGUUUGCAAAGAGCUCAACUGUAUACAAUCCUCUGAUCUACUACUUCUUCAGCCAGAGCUUCAAAAGAGAAGUAAAGCAGCUGCGGUGGCGGUGCCUCAGCUCUAAUCCAUGCCAUGUUUCCAACAGCGUCAGUGACAACAACAUUUAUAUGGUCAGUGCAAAUCUGAAGACAAAAGACCCAUCACGGGAAACCCUGCAGGAGGUCACAGAGACGAGACAGUGACUUUGGGUUGAAAGACUCAGUAGAUUUAUGGAAAAUACUACAUAAGAAAGACAGAGGUGGUGUGUAGACUGUGGAAAUAUUUGGAAAUAAUGUUUUGUAUAUUACAAACAUUAUCAGAAUAGAAAGCUGUCUGACUGGUGUGCUUUUAUAACAUAACAUGAUAAUACUGGCCUCAUCUGUGUGUGGCCAGGGUGGAUGAGAGUAAUGACUGCACAAUGUUAAAUCCAAUGAAUGUUAAGCCAGCUAAAACUACUAAAUUAGCAUAAAUUUGAAGAUGGCGAAACUCUUUUACACCACUGUAAUGGUUACACCACUAUGUUAUUGAACUUACCACAUCCAAAGCUUUUGGUUUUGUCAUUUACCAUGUCUUUUACACAAUUGUGAAGAAAGAUGAGAAAUGGGAUGAGAAGUGGCAGCCA